AUAUUUCAUAGCUUUGUUUGUCAGAAGAAAACAAAUAGAUACUAGAUCUAACACUACACAUAACAUAAUGGCUGCCACGCUGUCAUUUCGGUGGCUGGAAAUUUUGGAAAAAGAAUUUGACAAGGGUUUUGUAGAUUUAGAUUUAUUGCUUGGAGAAAUAGAUCCUGAUCAAAGUGAAAUUACAUUUGAAGGAAGGCAAAAAAUGACAGCACUAAGUGCAGCUUUUGCACAGCUUAGUCAUAAGGCUCAAACGGUUUUUCAGUGCAAUGCAAAGUUAGAGGCCCAGCUUGUGGACCUGAGAUCAGAAAUAAUAGAAGUUCAAGCAGCCAAAUCAGUAUUGGAAAAGGAAUUGCACACUUUAUUGUUACAGUUGCAUUCUUCACAGCUGGAGGUGCAUGAGCUGCGAGGAUUAGAGGUGGACUCUCAGGAGAUUAAGAAAAAAUUGGAAGCAGAGUUGUCCAACAGGCAGGAAAAUUCCCUGGCCAAGCUAGAGGCAGAAGUAAAAAUGUUGAACAAAGACAACCAUGAGCUGAGGCUGUACAUCCUGGCACUUCAGAGUGAGGUGUAUGGAGCGCGCCUGGCUGCCAGGUAUCUGGACAAGGAGCUGGCUGGCAGGAUCCAGCAGAUUCAGUUGCUGGGGCGAGAUAUGAGAGGUGCUGAACACGAUAAGCUGUGGAACCAACUAGAGGCUGAAAUACAUCUCCAUCGUCACAAGACUGUCAUCAGGGCCUGUAGGGGGCGUAAUUUUAGGAAGAAAAAAUUACCAGUCCCCCCUGGACAUAAUUUUCUUGAACUGAAAAAGAAACAUGGGCUAGGUGAUACAAGGACAGUCACUGUACACAAGGAGCCAGAGGAAGGUUUAGGCAUGUCCAUUACUGGUGGCAAGGAGCAUGGAGUUCCUAUAUUAAUAUCUGAAAUCCACGAGGGCCAACCUGCAGACAGAUGUGGCCUGUUGUAUGUGGGGGAUGCCAUACUCUCUGUGAAUGAUAUUGACCUGAGGAGUGCCAAACAUGCAGAGGCUGUUAAAGUACUGUCACAGCAGCAAGGAGAUAUAACAUUAACAGUCAUGUUUGUUGCUCCAGAUGAGGACAGUGAAGAUGAGAAAAAUGAAUUUGAGGAUGAGUAUGGUUUCAGAUAUAGAAUUUUUGAUGAGGACAUAAUGGGAUCAGAUGAUUGUACAAAUGCUCUGUCCUCUCCUUCUAAUGGUCCAGUGGCAGGAUAUUCUAACAGCCAUGAAGACAAACAGGAAACUGCCAAUGGCAAGCAGUAAAGUCUCUGUGAUACCAACCAGUAGGGCUGUGAUUGUACAACUGGUCAAGCUGACCAGUCACCAGGUGUCUGGUCAUGAGCAGAAGGUUCCUUGUGUGGAACCCUGUAUUACUUCAGCAUUGGACCACUCGGCUGCAUCAUGUUGUUGUUCAAGGUGUUGCCAAAGAUGAUGUGGUCUGUAAUUCCAUUGGUUCACUUGUUUUUAUAACGCUGUGGUUUCUGUUCAAUUUUUAUUUGAAUGAAUAUCAAACACCAAAACCAUUGUAUGAGAUGAAUGGCACAUGAGUUUUUCUUUGACUAUUUAAAUUGUUUUGUUGUGAAGCAUUGUAUAAAACUCUUGUUAUUCUUCACCAGGUAUUAACAUGUGGGAUUUCUACAUUAUUUAUUUCAUUAUUUGCACUUUUCCCCCAACAAAUAUUCAUGGACUGGAUGAAAGAUUGUUUGUCUGGUAAAAUAUGUAGAUGUGAACGAGAAUUGUUUUGUUAAAUUUAAAAAAUGUGGUUUCAAAUAAUAUAUGAAUAAAAUUGAUGAAUUUA